AUGAAGGCAUCUAGCUCGACCGAAGGGUUCUUCCAAGCUCGGCCAAUAGUGCAAUCUCAGAUAGAGGAGGAUGUCGUACUUCGGCGUAUCGUGUCUUUGCAUCUACCAUGCCCGUUACCAUGGAGUAUGGAGCAGGACUUGACUCGGUUCUCUCACCUAGUUUUAUCCCGGCCAAUUCUGAACUACGCUGCUGAAGCUGAACGCAACCAGCCCUAUCUCAAGCCACUGACCACGUUCGGUGCUGAGAACAAGCAGGAUUCGCUCGUUACCAGUGAAGGAUGGCGCGCACUCCAAGAUGUCAAUAUCAGAGAAGGAUUGGUCGGGCUUGCACAUGAGCCUGCACAACCUACGGAUGACGUUCAGUGGAAUGCCCGGGUCUUCAAGAGCAUCAAAACUCACCUCUGGACACCAAGUUCGGCGAUGGUGACGUGUCCAGGAAGCAUGACGGAUGGCGCUGCAAGAUUGCUUAGCAGACAUCUUGAUGGUGAAAACGGCAAGGUCUUUGCCGAAGCGCUGAGAAGGCUUGUCAGCCGUGACCCAGCUGUUGCCUGGACGAGUGGACAGUGGAUGACAGAACGCAAGGGAGGUAGUGAUGUCCGCGGUACCGAAACGGUUGCUCGAAAGCUCACAGUUCAAGAAAUGACCGAGGAUGAUGGAGUUGAUUCCAUCGGCCUGCCAUUAGGCCCUUGGCGGCUUGAUGGGUUUAAAUGGUUCUCUUCGGCUACUGAUGCAAAUAUGGCAAUUAUGCUUGCAAAGACUGGAGACGAUGGCUCUAUCAGUGCCUUUUAUGCACCAUUAAGGAGACAGGUCAACGGCAGAAAUGGCGAGGAAAGCGAGCUAAAUGGCGUGCGUAUCCAGCGCUUGAAGAACAAACUCGGCACAAAGGCUCUUCCGACUGCAGAAUUGGAAAUAAAGGGUAUGAGAGGAUAUCUGAUUGGAAAAGAAGGACAAGGCGUCAAAGAAAUCUCAACCAUUCUCAACAUCACCAGAGCCGGAAACUCGAUCGCUUCUGUCAGUUACUGGGGGAGAUCGUUAGCUAUCUGUCGAGCAUAUUCGAAAGUGAGGGUCACUAGCGGCAGACGCCUCCAAGACACUCCCUCAUACGUGAGGACAUUAGCAAGAGACCACGCCAAAUAUGCCGCUAGCAUGCACCUCGCUUUCCUUAUCGUUGCCCUUCUAGGGAUUUCUGAAGGCAGCAGCAGCGCAUCAUCCCAAGCUGCCAAUAUUAACAUUAUUCCAAAGGACGAAAAGCAUAGCCUUGCAUUGCUCCGGCUCCUUACACCCAUGGCCAAAGCACGAACUGCCCUCCGUGCGAUAAAAGGGGUACGAGCAAGCAUGGAAAACCUUGGUGGGAUCGGCUAUCUUGAAAACGAAGAUCCCAUCCUUAACGUUGCAAGGAUUUUCCGCGAUACUUGUGUACUAAGUAUUUGGGAGGGGACAACUGAGGUAAUGGCCGAUGACCUAAUGCGAGUCGUUAAAGGUAGACAGGGUCCAGACUGUCUAAAUGCGUUGGAUAAAUGGAUAUCCCAUGCCCUGGGCGUAGCCAGGGCACAUUCAUUCAGCGCGGAAGCGGGGGUUCUUCAGCAGCUAUGGGCAGAAUUUUUGUCUGAUGUUCAAUCAAAGAGCAGAGAGGAGCUAAACUGGCAUGGCAGGAAAUGUUUGAAGGUUCUAGAACGCCUUGUAUGUGGAUGUUUGCUUAUCUUGGAUGCGUCUCGAGAUGACAAUGACCUUGCUCGAGAACUUGCAAAACGUUGGAUCCUUAAAGACGCCGUCUCCCAGAGAUCAUGGACGGUGGAGGCUGACUGGGAUAGUCGCAUUGUCUAUGGGGAUAGCUUAAAUGGACAGAGAAAUGCUCAUUUAUAA